AUCCAAGCGGAUGUCCACCUCACUUUUCUCCGGGUGUUGUCCGUCUCCCGGCGCACACACACACUCACACACUCACAGCUUCCAUCUAUCCGUGCAGUUCUCCUCAUUGUAGUGUGACUGUGCUCAUCAAUUAGGCGAGAGUUCAGGCUUUUUAGACACACUAAUUGCCUUUGAGCGCUUCGGAGGGGACUGCAAGCUGCGGACAGAGGCUCGGAGAAGUUUUGGGUGCGGGGAAGCGGAGAGAAAGGAAACACAGUCAUGCCCUCAGUGAUGGAGCGCUCGGGGGCUGGGGUCCUGUCCAGGAGCAGAGCCAAAACCGUAACCAACGGGAAUAGCCAGCCACACUCUGAGGAGGAGAGCAGCGAUGAAGAGCAUGCUCACGACAGCAUGAUCAGAGUGGGAGGAGACUACCAGGCUCAGAUCCCAGAGUUCAAACCAGACAGCCCAGCCCGCUACAGUGAGAAGGACCAGAGGAGCAUGUUGGUCUGGUGUCCCAACAGCCAGCUCUCUGAUGCUAUGUUGGACGAGUACAUCCUCAUGGCUAAGGAGAAACACGGAUACAACAUGGAGCAGGCUCUGGGCAUGUUAUUAUGGCACAAACACGACGUGGAGCGCUCACUGGCCGACCUGGCAAACUUCACCCCCUUCCCAGAUGAGUGGACAGUUGAAGAUAAAGUGCUGUUUGAGCAGGCCUUCAGCUUCCACGGCAAGAGCUUCCACCGCAUCCAGCAGAUGCUUCCAGACAAGCUGAUCUCCAGCCUAGUAAAGUACUACUACAGCUGGAAGAAGACCAGAACCAGGACAUCCGUCAUGGACCGACAGGCCAGAAGGCUGAUCAACAAGAGAGAGAAAGAUGACAGUAAUGAUGAGAUUGAAGAAGGAGAGCAGGCCAGUGACAGUGAUUUUGAAAUUGAUGCCAAGAAAGAGGCGGCAAAACAGAACGCGAGCAGCACCAGCUCUGACAAAGCCACGCCCAGCCGCUCCGGUCCAGUGAAGAAGGAGAACAUCGGAGCUCAGUACAGACACCACCCGCUCAGAGCCCGUCGCAGGCCACCCAAAGGCAUGCACCUGGAGCAGGCGGACAUCAUGUCUCUGUCGGCCUCUCACGAUGCUGGAGUUCUAACCAUUCGCCAGCUGGACACACAGCUGGUUUCACUCAAGAGACAGGUCCAGUCUAUCAAACAGAACAACAGCAGUUUUAAGCAGAACCUAGCUGAAGGUGUUGAUGGCCUCAGACCUACAGAUCCUGCCCCUAAGAUGAACUCUCGUUGGACCACAGAGGAGCAGCUCCUGGCAGUGCAGGCUAUCCGGCGUUAUGGUAAAGACUUCACCGCCAUCGCUGAAGUGAUCGGGACUAAGACUCCGGCUCAGGUGAGCUCGUUCUUCGUGAGCUACCGGCGCCGCUUCAACCUAGACGAAGUGCUAAGGGAGUGGGCGGCGGAGCAAGUGGCCACCAGCCGAGACCAGAGAGACCCCAGGAGGAGUGGUGAGGAGAUGGCAACGGCUACAGAUGGCGGCGUAGAGGAGGAGGAGGUCAAAAUGGAGGACCCCCCCUCAGACGCCACGGGCAGCUCCUCUCCCCCCUCCUCCGCUCACGCCCCGUCCUCUCUCUCCCAGCCUCCCCCACUGCUGCGUCCAGCUCCUCCGUCAGCACCCCCGAGCCUCCUCCGUCAGCCGCCUCCUCUUCAGACGCGCCCGCUUCAGAACAGAGCUCCCCACAACCACCCCCCACCUCCGCUCAUCCGGCCCGCAGUGACCACCGCCACCACCUCCUCUGGGAGUCUCAGGGGUUCUCCUCCCAGCUCGUCCUCUUCCUCCGCUGCAGUUCAGAUGCCUCCAUCACUGGUCGGGCUUAAAGUGGAGCAGCCCAACUCACACUGAUAGACACACGCAGCAGGAGUAGACACAGACACGCACACACAUAAAAAAACAACACACACACACACACACACACACACACACACACACACACACACACACACACACAAACACAAAGCUUCUCUUCCUUCACCCUGGGACCAUCACAUGACCACAUCAUCAAAUGACACGCUCAGGUCCCCAGUGUGACAUCAAUCGUCAUUAGUGACGUGAAGCUCCUUUACUGUACUGACAAACACCUACCUCCAACACAGACCUCUAAAACACACGCAAACACACACAGAGCUAGGAACUCCAAACACUACCUGCACACAACACAACACACAGAAGAGACACUGGAUCAUGAAGCCGUUAAAGAAAGCCACAACCACAAGAGUGCAAAUCCACCUGCACGUCUCCAUGGCAACUCUUGAACAUCUGGAGGACUGUAGAUGAACACUAUGUAUAUCUAUAUGCUGUAGUUGCAUCGGUCUAGUCAUCCACACAACCAUCAGGAGAAAGAAAAGGAAUAAAUGAGGGAAAGAGCGGCCCACAGCUGAGCCAGACGUGCUGCUCCUGAGAGGGCGUCUACGUCACACGCAGCAUUUUUUUUUUUUCUUCUUUCAAAUUUAGACCCUCAAAGGGCAGCAGAGGUACUUUUGCAAAAGCUUUGUGAUCAAAGCUGAAUCUUUUAUUUUGGUUUUGAAUUGUUGAUUCUUUUCGUUCUGCGUUGGGCGAAAAUCUUCCCUCAUAGCCAUGUAUUGCUAGUAUUAACUGGAGUGGUGUUUUCGUUUUGUUUUUUUGGUUGAACUAGAAUUUUAAAGGUGUGCCUGAGGUAGGCAGUUAGUUACUGUAAGUAGAUUAGAUGGUGUACUUUGAUUACUGAGCGCGAAGGAGAAAAAGAGCCUGUUAACAUGCGCGAUUGAGCUCGGUCUCACGUUUCUGGUGCUGUUCAUUGGCUGAGUGUUCAGAUCUUGUUUUAAGUUACUUCGGAGGAAUAUUUGAAGUAAUCAAUCCCAACAUCUGCAGUGCAGCUCUAAACAUCAGUCUGUGACGUUUCAAUAAUGGUGUUAAUAUUCUCUAAAUAAGUGAUGACAUCCGCGCCUGCCAAAGUGUGUUGUUGCUUUAAACGCAGAGUUAGGCGUGGAGCAUCAGAGAGGAGUCUGACAUUUUACAUGGUUGCAUUGUUUCUUACACAGGAAGAGUUUGACAUUUUAGGAAACACUCGUUUGUGCUCUCGCAGGGUCUCAGUCUCCGAGCGGCAGCCUCGAUUACCACUUCAGAGUGGUAUCUCUCUGCACUCGUCAAAAUGCCAAACCAGUCAUUUAAACCCAAAAUAGAGCAAGUUGCGACUUUCAGUUAGAUUGUGUGUCUGAGUAAUUUACAGAAGUGACUUUACAAAGAGGUGAUGACGACUUUGUGUCCCCCCCCCCAGUCCAGAUAAGGCAGCCUCGAGUCCUGUGCUGUCCUGGUGCGGAGGUCAAAGGAGAUCUGGAAGACAUGUGUGCCGCAGCGUCAGCCACUUGAUUCAUUUAUCCAAUAAACAGAGUGCUUCUGAGUUGUGCAACAGUGCAGUUUCUGCUCAUGGCUAGCGCUUCCAAAAGUGAUGGUAUGGCACAACCUGAUGAACAAAUGUAGAUGACUGAAGCAUCUGUCUGGAUGACCUUUGUUGUUUAUUUCUGUUGCUAGUCUUAGACUACUCUUGUCCAGCUGUCUGCAUCGCUGCCUUUUUAUGCAGAUCUGAGGUCAGUGGUCAAGCUUCCUUAAACUGAAGCGUAGCCUCAAAUCACCUACUUUUGUUAGCAGAGGCCUUCAGCGUUCAGUUGAACGCGGCACUGAGCAGCAACGGAAACUGCAUCGCUACGUUUGGCUUUAAUAGAAGUUUGCCUUUUUCACUUGUUUUGUUUGUUCCUCCAAAAAACCCUGCUUGUGUGUACUGUAUGUACCAAGGUGUUUACAUUGUGGAAACUGAACUGUGUUUGAGGCGUUUUUUCUUUUGAAUAAACAAAUGACCAAAUUCUU